AUCUGUAAGUGGUCAGCCUGAUGCUUUGUUCUGUCAGAGUUCCGAUAUAACCAUCCUUCUCGUUCUGUCAGAGUUCAGAUAUAACCCUCCCUCUCGUUUUGUCUCUCUUUCCCCACCCCCCUCUCUUUCUCUCUCUGACUGAAGGUUAUUUUAGUCUUUGUCCGUCUCAGGAGGCUGUUUGAGUGGUUUGCUACCUGAUUGAAAUAAUGAUUAUCUUAAUUGAACCAAUUUGGCCUCGGUCUCCACCACGGCUGCUGAUAGGAAGGAUAGAACAUCACUCACUGUGCUCCACCCUCAGAAUGCUUCCAUGUGUUGUUGAAUGGUAGAAAUUUGCUUUUUUUUGUCAUGUGGGUAGGAAAAAGCCCCUUGGGUGUGACAUGACAUCUCCAGUGGAUGUGGAGUUAACAUUGUUACAUCACACCAGAUGACAAAACCCAUUGUUGUUCAUGGCAUCUCAACACCCUGUCUGUUUCUCUGGGGAGAGAUGACUGGAUCUGCCCUCUGUGCCCUCUACUGAAGGCAUGGCCGAGCAACAGGGAAAGUAGAUCAUCAGAUGCAGUGGACCAUGGGAUUAGAUCCUGCAAGAGCACAGCUGCCUAAAACAUGUGCUGCCAUAAUGGCCAUCAGGAAAGGGCAUCUGGGACUGCAACACACAAACGACUGAUGAGGUCAUUUACAGGAAUGGAGAACUUGGAAAACAGAUCAAAUUGAUUCAUUUCUUGGUUCUGUCACUUUAAUCUCUGAAUAAGAUGUAUAUUAUUAUGUUUAUUGUGGGUCUACUUAAUCGUGUGAAAACAGUUACGUUUACUUACUAAUACAUAUACUGAUAUGUAUUGCAGGUAUACUGCAAUAACCUCACGCUCCUGUUAAUGUAUAGAACUACAAAUAUGUUGUCUUCUUCUAAUGACAUCAACAAUUACGUCAUAAAAUACGGACGCAAAUAUCAUAAACAUUGAACAUUUGUACAUUGAAUUGCAAAGUCCAUGGUUUGUGUUGUAGUGUAGCAGUUUACGCACGUGUUUUCAUUUGGAACUUGCAAUAAAGUUUCUUGUGACGUGAGAAUGUUACUAGCCUAUUGUUUCUUUAUUGCCCAUUGACGACAAUUUACCAUUUCCGUGUGCAAGUUCAUAUGAUCAAAGUGAGAAAUCGUGUCAAAGACAAGUCUGACUUUGAGGCAACAUGGCACUGGUACUAAUGGAGGAAUUCGGUGAGGUACCGGGAGAAGGACGUGUACAGAAAUGGAUUCUGAAAUCGUCUAACAUCACAGUGGAAAUCAUAACACUAGGGUGCAUCAUAACAGCCAUCAAGUGUAAAGGCAAGAAUGGAGAGGUCAAUGACAUCGUUCUGGGUUAUGAUGAUCUUGAGGGCUAUCUGGCCAACCCCAAGUACUUUGGUGCUGUUAUCGGCCGGGUAGCCAAUAGGAUCGCCAAGGGCAGAUUUGUGGUCGACGGGAAGGAUUAUCAACUGGCCAUCAAUAAUGGACCUAACUCCCUCCAUGGAGGACUGAGGGGCUUCAGCAAGGUGAUAUGGGGAAGUGAGGGUGUGGAGGGCGGGGUGCGGCUCACCCUCACCAGCCCAGACGGAGACCAGAAUUACCCCGGGGAGGUGCAGGCCUCUGUCACUUACACCCUGGAGGGGGACACACUGAGCAUCCAGUACCAGGCCCGCUCCACUAGAACCACCCCCAUUAACCUCACCAACCACUCUUACUUCAACCUGGCUGGACAGGGCUCAGCUGACAUAUACGACCAUGAAGUGUCCAUCAACGCUCCAACAUAUUUGCCUGUAGAUGACGUCAUGAUCCCCACUGGCGAGGUCAGACCAGUGGAACACACACCCUUUGACCUUCGGAGGCCAGUUCUGAUUGGCCCACGGCUGAAAGAAGUGCCUGGGCCUGGGUUCGACCACAACUUCUGCCUGUCAUCACCUGGAGAUGCUUGGACAGAGCGCAUGUGUGCAAGGGUAUUUCACCCAGCGAGUGGGUGUGUUAUGGAGGUCAGCACCACUCAGCCCGGCGUCCAGUUCUACACAGCCAACUUCUUGGAUUGCUCUUUUAAAGGAAAGGGUGGGGCCUCUUAUCCUAAACACAGUGCCUUCUGCCUGGAGACACAGAACUGGCCUGACGCUGUCAACCAGGCCUCUUUCCCCGAUGCUCUGCUGAGACCAGGGGAGCAGUACCGCCAUGUCACCCGCUUCACCUUCUCCACCGCCUGACGGAGAGGAGGGGGGUGGGGAAUCAGGGGUCAGCAUCAAGCAGGGAGCGACCAAUCAGAAUCCCAGCCACUGAUCAGAGCUGAUCCUUUGCUGAUGAAAGGAUGGAGAAACACGGCACAGGAGUUGUUUACACUCAAAUCAGAAGGUUGAUUUUGUAGUAUUCAAGAACCAAUCUGAGAUGGACAGGUAAUGAUUUUGAAAUUAAAAUGAUGAUGAUGAUGACAUGAUUAGAGGUGAUGGGUUCAUAAAGACGCACAGGUACAGUACCAAUUUGACUCUCAAUAUCCUCCACAUUGCUUUGUUCCCCUCUUUACAGCUGGACUUUUACUGCAUUAAACAUUGUAAUAUCCACUACCAUUUGAAGUUGGCUUUGGGCCCUGUUCAAAUUAGGCUUUACACUUACAUAAAUAGUACAGUUCAUGCAUAAGUAUAUUAGUUUCCACUUUCCUUUGUUGUUGGGUAGACAGGGUCUCUUUUGCUCCAUUACUCUUACAAUAUUUUGUGGCCCAAAAUAUUGUCACCCUUGGACUUUUUCUCCCUAUUUCUUAUCAAAUAAUUUUACAUUUAGAAUAACUUUUGAUAACUGCCAACAAAUGCUUAUUGUAGCCAUCAAUGAGCUUGCUGCACCUUUCUACUGGCAAUUUGGCCCAAUCUUCAGCAGAAAACUGUUCUAAUUCUUCAAUGUUUGAGGGAUACCCUCCACCAACUGCUGUUUUCAGCUCUUGCCAUAGGUUAUGGAUGUGAUUCAGACCUCAUCUCUUCGCUGGCCACUCUAGAAGAGUCCCGUGUUUCUUCUUAAACCAUUCCACGGUGUUGUUGAUGUGUGUUUAGGGCCGUUGUCCUUCUGGAAGACCCACAACCUUCAACAAAGUAUGUUUUUGGACCCUGGGUCGAACAUUGGUAGUCUGCGGAUUUCAUGAUACUGUGUCUUGCACACAUUCGAGGCCCCCAGUACCAGAGACAGCAAAGCAACCCCACAGCAUUAUCAAACCUCCCCAUGUUUGAUUGUAGGGAGGGUGUUCUUUUCUUUUGUAAGCUUCAUUUGGUCAUAGGUAAAAAUAGGAAGACUAAACUGCUGAAGGAGACACAAGAUAGCCUGAUUGAAUUUCUCAAAAACCCAUCUCAUCAAGCCUUAAUCCUGUGGAAAAUGUUCUGUGGACAAAUGAAACAAAAUUAAAGCUCUUUGGCAAUACAGAUCAGGGCUGUGUUUAUUGACGACCAAAUUAAGCAUUCAAUGAAAAGAGCACAAUUAAAGAUGAGGGUGGUUUGAUAAUGCUGUAGGUUUGCUUUGCUGCCUCUGAUACUGGGGGCCUUGAAAGUGCGCAUGGCAUCAUGAAAUCAGCAGAUUAUCGGGUGUUUGAGUCCAAUGUUCAACUCAGCGUCCAAAAACUGAAGAUCGGGCCAAAUUGCCAGUAGAAUGGUGCAACAAACUCAUUGAUGGCUACAAUAAGCAUUUGUUGGCAGUUAUCUUGGCCAAAGGCGGUGCAACCAAGUACUGGCUCCAGGGUGCCAAUAAUUUUGUCCAUGCCAUUUGUCUUUAUUUUCUAAAUGAAUUUGAAACUUAAGUUAGCAAAAAUAAAUUUGGUUUUGCAAUGUUGAAAAUCCAAUAAGGUGUGGUGACAGUUUUAUUUAAUAUGUAAUUUAUUUGAAAAGAAAUAGAGAAUUAUUUAGGAAAAGUGCAAGGGUGACAAUCUAUUUGGCAGCUACUGUAUGUAUUCAACUCCCUGGAAUGUAUUAAUUGUGUAUCUUAUUGGUAUUCACUGGAGUGAUCUUUGAUUAUGGGACUCAAUAUUGGACUCUAUUGCAAUUCAAUGAAAACACCCAUUAUAUUACCUCUUCUACCUUGACGUACAGAGCCUUCAGAAAGUAUUCACAAACCUUGACUUUUUACGCCUUUUGUUGCGUUACAGCCUGAAUUUAACAUGGAUUAAAUUGAGAUGUUGUGUCACUGGCCUAUACAAUACCGCAUAAUGUCAGUGGAAUUAUGUUUGUAGAAAGUUUUCCAAAUUAAUAAAAAAUGAAAGCUGAAAUAUCUUGAGUCAACAAGUGUUCAACUCCUUUAUGGCGAGCCUAAAUAAGUAUGUGAGUCAAAAUGUGCUUAAUAAGUUUCAUGGACUCACUUGUGUGCAAUAAGUGUUUAACAAGAUUUUUGAAUGACUACCUCAUCUUUGUACCCCCCACACACACAGAUAAUUUUAUGGUCCCUCAGUUGAGCAGUGAAUUUAAAACACAGAUUCAACCACAAAGACCAGGGAGGUUUUCCAAGGCCUCGCAAAUAAGGGAACCUAUUGGUAGAUGGGUAAAAAUUAAACAUUUUAGUUUACUCCACAAUAGUAGCCUAAAUGACAGUGAAACGAAGGAAGCCUGUACAGAAUAAAAAUAUUCCAAAACAUGCAUCCCGUUUGCAAUAAGGGACUAAAGUAAAACUUCAAGAAAUGUGGCAAUUUGUUUUUUAACUUGAUGUCCUGAAUACAAAGGGUUAUAUUUGGGGUAAAUUCAACACAACACAUGUUGACAGCUGUGCCAUACAGAUUGCAAAAUAGUUGGGAAGAUUCAAGAUUCAAGACUUUGCUUUUCAGCUAAAAUUAUUGUACAGAAUUCUUGCCACCAACAAAAUGUUGAAUAUUUGUGGCAUACAAUCAUCACAGCUCUGCAGAUUUUGUUGUGAGGAUACAGAAUCAAUAGACCAUUUGUUUUGGUAUUGCCCUCAGCCUGUUUCUGGUCUCAGGUUCAGGAAUGGCUGAAAAUGAAUAACAUUGAUCUAAAAUUAACUGUAGAAAUAGUAUUGUUGGGAGAUCUGGAGAGACCGGGUCAGUCAAUUACUAAUAUACUAAUACUCUUAGUGAAAAUAUGUAUCUUUAACUUGCAAUCUGUGGAUUCUAUUAAAUUAGAUUCAAAUUGUAUGUUAAACAUCACAGCUUAGUUGAAAUAUAUGUGGUGCGAAGAAAUCUGAAGAGGGUGGCCAGCAGAGAUAGAUGGGAGGGGCUGAGGGUUGGGAUGUGGAAUUGGAGACAAGUGGGAGUGGAGUUGCUGUGCGGGGGAUAGAAUGAUGGUCAAAGAUAAAAGUAAAAAAAUAAAGUCAAAAUAAAACAUAACAAAAAGUAUGUUUGAAUGACACUGAGGGGCAGUAUUGUUAGAGUUAAUGCCUGUUUGCCUGAGGCUGAUACCGUGCAGGUGUUUGUACACAUGCAUAUACACACACACUCAUUCAAAUGCAAACACGCGCACACAUGUAAAUAGUGCCACAAAUGCACUCAAACAUAUUCAGUUGGCCUUGCUGUUAUGAUUUUUGUUGUCCUUUGGUUUUUGCAUUGUUGACACUGGUUUCAUCUGUGGGUCGCUCUGGAUGGGACACUGUUGAUGACAAAUGUGAUGUAUAUAUUUGAGUGGCUUCACUGCAAGUAGAUUGUAUGUUUUAUAUAUUCAAUAAAAUAAAACAAACACUGAG